AUGUCUCCAUUGCAGAAGCUGCGGGGCCACGACCCCCAGUUGACCUAUCCCUUCGGGGCUGUCGUUUUUGCAAAGGUCAGCCGUUCUAGCAAAGAGGAAAUUGAUUCCAAGUACGCCCGCGGGGUGUGCCUGGGUCCUGUGCUUGGUUCUACCGGGCACCAGGUGCGUAUCCGGCUGGAUUCUGGAGAAACCAAGUUGAUUGUUGCGCCGGGUCUGAAGUUGCUCUACCCUCUUCGAUAUGAUGCUUCGUUGCUUGACGGUGCCAGGCCUCUGGAAGGCUUUGUGCCACCUUUGGAUGAGGAGCGCUUUCGCGAGCUCCACCUUCCCUAUGUGCCGGGAGGGGGACCCUCCAAAGAAUGGAUCCGCGAGCACGGUGGCACCCCUAAGUGCCCCGGAUGCUCCGAAGAGGCCACGUCCUCUCGCCAUUCAAUAAAGUGCGUCCGGCGCUACCAGCGGUGGCUCCGAGAUGCUGUGGACAACGCUCUUGAAGAGCUUGGUCGGGACCCUCCGCCCGCUCAAGGCCCACCGGCCAAGCGGGUUCGAUUCGGUGAUUCAGAAGUUCGUGAGUUUCCGGCGCCCUCGGCGCCCUCAGAGCAAGAAGUAGAAGUACCACAGAUCGGUCCGGAGGCCAACGACCAUCUUAGUGACUACGAGCCCUCGUUGCCCUCCGAGGACGAGGGAGAAGAUGAUCUGAUGGGUGUCGCCGAGGCACCGAAGGAUGAUCGCCCCGCGAUUCGGUUAUUGGAGGAAAUGUGGGCUUGCGGCUGCGUCCGCUACGUUCCCACUCCCUUGACCGCGUGUGAUGUGUAUGAUUUGCAAGCGUUUUGCUCGUUGCUUGUCGACGGCCGCUCCUCUUGCGAUAAGUUGCCGCCUCGGAGUUCCUACGACGACGUCGAUGGAAUCCAGCUAGACAACAAAGAGAGCUGGGAAGGAAUGAAGACUGAGGUCAAGGCCGUCGACUCUUUACAAGUCGGCCUCCUUCGUUCCAAGUCUGAGGUUGAUCGCUACCAGGAAGAGAACCCAGGGUAUGAUGAAAUUCAGCCGGGCCGCCUUCUCCACGUCAGGCUGGCAACGGAGCCGUGUACCAACUUGCUAGCAGUCUACCAACACUCAUGGAGAAGUGACCUCAGCACUGCAUCAAAAGAGCUGCUGCUCUCUAAGCGUGCCACGGUUUGGCGCAGGAUUCAGCAAUUUGUGCAUGGGACCUCUGCCCGGUCCCAACUUGUGUUGGCAGGUGACUUCAACUGCCCUAUCACUGAAUGUCUGCCUUUUGUUGGCAAGGGCUACCGUCGCAACGUCCGUGCGGGGCACCGUGAACUUCCACCCAUGGCAGCCGACUCGGAUGAAUUUCUUGAUAUCUUGAAGAAUGAGGACUUGCAAGUACUCAAUAGCUUUGGCAAGUCGGGCCUGGCCUGCAGCACAUACAUCAACGCGUCGCAAAAGCUUGUCCAGGGAUCGCAGAUCGACUUUAUCAUCAUGCGCCGAUCUCAGGCGGAUGACGGCAGUCGCUGUGCCCAGCUUCUGCGAGACUUCCCGCUUCUCCCCAUUGAGGGCAUGUGGCAUUACCCACUGCGGGCACGCUUGCCGUGCCCUCGGUUGCCACGACACCAAAUGCGGGGACAACGCCUCACCCCUGACUCUGCUUCACUGGCCUUGAACCAACAGCCUGUCAAGGCACAGCAGUUCCAACAGUUGGUGGCGCAGGCACUUGACCAGUGUGUCGACAUGGAAGGAAUCAACACUGCACUUACUCAGUCCUGGUCCCAGGUCUUCGGGCCCGUUCGGCGACAGCGUACGGUCCAUGCCAAGGACUGUUGUCUUGCGAAUAUGUGGCACCAUAGAACCAGAGCCACACAAGCUAGGUCGUGGAUGGCCCGAUGGCAUCACAUCUCCCGAUACCAGGCCAUUCGCCGCACUAUUCAGCAGCGUGUGCGGGCUGCCAAACAAGCCAGGCUUCAGCAACAACUUCUUGAUGCUGAGAGUGCGAGCACCCGAGGAAACCCCGGAGCAUUGUAUCAAAUCAUUCGUCGCAUUGCACCGAAACUCCGACGGAGGAAACUGCAGCUGAGAGACGAGCAUGGCCGACUGCUUGGCCCCCGAAAGGAGGCGGAACACAUACUUGCUCACUACUCGGAGGUAUUUGCUUCAGCUUCUGCCACGGAGGACUCCUGGCUGACGCAGCCAUUGCACUUCGAGGAAAUAGAAUUCCAGGCCGCUCUUUCUGAACUUCCGUUGCAUAAAGCCUUGCCUGCCCACUGUGCCCCUGCCCCACUCUGGCGCUGGUGUGCUGAUACAGUCAGCUCGUGCACGGCUCGGCUCUUGAAGUGUGGCUUGCAAGCAGGAUCGUUUAGGCAGCAGUGGCCACUUGAAUGGGCGAUCUCAUUUCUGUGUCUCUUACCCAAAACAGAUCAGAAACUUGACGCUGUGACCAAGCUCCGCCCCAUCUCCUUAUUGCAUCCUCUUGGUAAAUCUUUCGCUGGCAUGCUCAUGUACCGGGUUAGGGACACCAUCGCGCACAAGCUGGCGGACACUCCACAAUUUGCCUACUUAGUAGGGCGUUCAACAGCGGAUGCGGUUGAUCGGGCUGUGUGGCACAUCCACCAGACUAGGCAACGGGUCGGUCAACAGUACACGAUCCACCACAGGCGUGCGGGUAUACCCCAGCACGAGAUCCGCGGCAGCCUUACUUUGAGCAUUGACUUACGUAGGGCCUUCGAUUCCAUCGACCGGUGUCUUAUCGCUAAGUCGUUGGAGUGGGCUGGCGUGCCCACUUCUCUGGUCGAGGUCAUUGUCGGCAUACACGAAGCCAUGCGUGUUAGCUAUGCUUCUUGCUCGGGAGAGGCCCUGUCCACCGCGACAGGACGCGGCCUCCGACAAGGAUGCCGUUUGGCCCCUAUCAUUUGGGCCUGCAUAACUGGCUAUCUGAUGUCCAAACUAGGCCCGUUGCUCGAUCAAGGAGAGCUACGUCCCCUGCUCACUCUGUUCGCAGAUGACACUCUGGGCCAAUGGGAGAUACAAUGCAAAGAGCACCUGUCCAUGGCAUUGACCCAGGUUGCCUUCUUACUCGACUUCUUGAAGGCACACAACCUGUGUGCCAAUACAGAGAAAUCGGUGAUCCUCAUCAAGCUGGCAGGUGCCAAGCAUGUGUCGCUCUGGAACAAGCACACAACGCAUGACCCCGAGCUGGGACUGUGCGCCAGAAUUCCGUGUCAGGGUCAUCAUGUACUGCUCCCUGUCAAGUCCAAGCACAAAUACCUAGGAGUGAUGUUGUCUUAUAACCAUUUGGAACGCGAGACGGCUGCAUAUCGAACACGUUGCGCCCAGGCCAGUUUCGCGAGGAUCCAGGUGGCCACUAAGCGCACCAGUAGACUUUCUUUGCGCUGCAGGGUUCGCUUGUGGAGGGCAGUGGUGUGGACCACGAUGUGCUACGGCAUUGAUUGCACAGGCCUCGACAUCGUUGGACGCCGUCAGCUUUAUGCCACGGCAGUGCGACACUUGAGGGCUAUGGCCAACUCGCCGUCUCACAUCAGCAGGGAAACCACCUCGGACCUUCUGCUCAGGCUGGAGCUGCCACACCCUGCGGAUAUGCUGCUUGACAAGACAAAGGCCAGACAUGAACGCACUAGUCAAUCACAGGUCUUCGCAUUGCAGCCACAGGGCCUGACACAGGUUUGGGAUGCUGUUCUGAGCUCACUUGAAGUGCCAGGUAGGAAGUCCCCUGCUCCCUCACAACCAGCUGUUGCGGUGACACCGCCGGCUGAGUUGUCUGCUGUGACACAGGAGGACAAUUGCCCACCUGAGCCUGCAGCUGAGAAUGGACCGGAGGACCCGGUAGCAGUGCUACACGCAACACCUGCUGAGGUCACGACACCCACUGAGACGAUACCUCCGGCUCCGAUUGAAACGGGUGCCCAUGCUGACCUGGUGUGUCCUGUCUGUGACUACCAAGCUGCUGACACCACGGCCUUGAGGUACCAUAUGACCUCGAUCCACGGCCUUUCUGAGAGGGAGCUUGCCAUGGCCACAGCUGCACCGUUCAAGUUCGAAGAACAUUCAUACGCGGGCAUGCCCACUUGCAAACACUGUCGUAAGUCCUUCUCUGGCAUACCUCAGUUUCGUAAACAUAUAGAGGCCCAAGCAUGCCCUGUCCUGCACGGAUACACGAACAAUAGCAGGGAUUACGGACAGCAUCCGCCGCUCCCGAAAGAAGCGAGCACAGAAAGCACUCCGCUCAGGGACAGGCCGAGCACGCUCCAACAUCUCAGCGAGGGGGGCUGGUUGCAAUUGGCUCAAUCCCCAGGAUUUCGAGAAGUCGCACUGGCACACUGCCCGCUUUGUCACCUUUGGGUGGCCAACAGUAGCGGUCAAGUUAAGAAGCAUAUGCGCACAAAACAUGGGGACCAACAGGACAUGAUUCAAGAGGUCAUUGAAGUCUGUCGUAAGUCGUCCUACUUUGUCCAAUCCCCGUGCCAAUUGUGUGGCAUCGCUUGGAAGGGGCCGCGAAUCCGUCACCGAGAGGCCUGUGCUGUGCUAUUUGCUGCGCGGCUGCUGGCUGCUCACCACGGCUAUGUUUUCCGAGAUGAGCAUGGAACCCGAGCCAUCGCCUCUGAUGGAGUUCGAGUCGGUGUUCAACCAACCGCUGCCGAGCCCGUUCCCGUCCUUCCGCCACCCGCCGUCGACACACCCGAUGAUCCCUCGUGGCAGCUGGCACCAACGUCGUGGCAUCCGAGCUAUCCGAGCUACCAAGGCUAUCAGGGCUACUCGGACAUGUAUGUGACACAGCAGGAGAUCCAGCUGCUUCGGCAGCUGCUGGUGCGACACGAGUGGGUGCUAGCAGCUCUUCGUGUGGAUCGAGGGUUCGUUCUCCACAUGAGGUCGGGCCCGGACGGCAUCCUGAGAGAGGUGUUUCAAGCGAGCAAGCUUUGGAACGAGGCGAAGACCCAGGGUACCCUUCAGAAUCUUACAUUGCGCCAGGCUCUCCUCAUGAAGGUCUUCACUGUCCUGAAGGAUCGAAUGGAGCAUAUGAACGAGGGCCACAUCGCCACAGCCCGCAAGCACGGUUGGCUCAGCCGGGACGGCAUGCAAUGGCAGUAUCUGAAGUGGUCACAGACUCACGAGAGCCUCAUCCCGGAGGAUCCAGUUCGACAGGUCCCGCACGACUCCCUGGUGCAGCACAUCACGUCGAUCCUUCGAGCAUUGAACAUGGACCACAUGAUCCACCGCUUUGCAGCGACUCGCAAGCUGACAGAGAAUGUGGAGAACACGAUGCCAUUCCUGUUGCAGAUCUCCCUUCAGGGCCAGACAUCGCACCAACUGUUUCAGGCUCUUCAGGACUUGUGCGGAGCGGGAUCGACUGGAGUUGCAACCCAUGGCCAAAAAGCUGAAUUGGUGAGUACGGCAGGGCAGUGCGUAGGAGGCUCCUCCCCAGUGGACUUCCCCUCUCCGGUGGCUCCGGGUGGGCGCCACACUCAGAUUGAGGUAGAUGCGGCUGGCCGGGCAGUUGACAUUUGGUCUGUGCUGCCCUGGAUUAGUGCCACCCGUACCUGGCGGGCACCUAGGAGGCAGCAUGACAUUGCGGAGUUUUUGCUCUACAUGCGUCCACAGCUCAAUGCUUCCUUGAUCGACGGUUCGUGGGGGACUGCGGGGUCCGCGCCUCAUCGUGGCUUGGAGGUUGUGGAUGAUGGCCACACGUGGCCUAUGCUGCUCGCAAACAGGCCCGCCUCAGCCGCUGAUGAUCCCACACCGUGUUCGGAGUGCUGCUUACAAGACUUGCUAUCGUGCUGGCAUCAACAGGCGGAACCACAGGCUCUCCUGAAGCCGCCAAAGUUUUGUGCGAUUCAAGUGGGCCGUUUUGACAGCACGAAUGAUGGAGCUUGCAUUAAGACCGACUUCAAGCUUUGCCUGGAGCCCUUAGUGCACAUUCCUGCUUUUCGCGACAAUCUACAAGAUGUGUACUUCGUUAAGUACUUUGUGAGAGCUUGUGCAGUUCAUCACGGUCCUACACCCGACAGCGGUCACUAUCGCUCAAUUUUGAUGCCACCGAAUGGCGUGCUUGCGCAGUCCUUCUACACUGAUGAUAACGCCACGGCUCGCAAAGUAAAGUCCUCGGAGCUUGUGGGGAUCCAGCAAAACGCAUAUAUCAUUUUCUUGCAGCGCGCCGACUGA